AGAGCGAAGGAUGUUGUUGAUCGUCUGCAUUGUCACAUGUUCUCCUCAAGCUUUUAGUGGCGCAGCUCUUGAGCAUGUCGUAAGAGGCCAAGUCACGGACGCAUUACCUGUCCGUCAAAAUCAUUGGGCGGCCUUGGAUCAAAAUGAUAAGCCGGAUAUAGAACUUGAGGGGACGACGUUACAGUAACCUACCUGCUUAUUAAACAUGGGCACGGAAAUCGGGGGGAAAUAUAUAACAAUACCACUCAGGAGUCAGGGUGUACGCGCGCCAAACAUGUAGUCGACGCUCCUGAAGGCGAGUAAUAAGGUCCCGAGCACUUUAGGUGGAUAUACGAGCAGGAUAUUGAAAGAAUACAGCAAUUAUAGACUGCCACCGCCCACGGCGUAUCGUUGCGCGGGUAGUCAUCAAUGACAGCUUUCAUAUGCAAAAAUAUAAGCAAGGUUGUGGCACAGAAGAUAGAGAU